UUAGAAACCAAAAUUUUGAAAUGCGUCAAUUUCGUAUGCCUAUUCAGCAUACUAAAAAUUUAUCCAGAUUCAAGAGACAGCUAGGAAGUAUACUUAAAGAAUUGAACACAUUCGACGAAGAAGAAAAAUAUGAAGCGUUCUCGUACUUACAAGGUUGUAUUUCUGCUAAAAGAUUUAGCCGAAAGAAACAAGCAAAAGGAGUUAAAAAAAAGCAAUUAUUAAAAAAACAGGUUUUCAAAUGUAAAGAAUGUGAAUAUACAGAUUCAACCAGGAAGGGCAUUUAUAUGCAUCUGGAGAAUCAUUCAGGGUUCCCACUUUCUUGUAGAUCGUGUAGAACCUCGUUCAAUAAUGAUUUAUCAUUUGAAUGGCAUUUGAAAUUUCAUUGUAGACCAGCUUCAAAAAAGAAUGCUGUAUAUGUUUGUAGUGAAUGCCCAAGAAAAUUUUCAUCCAAACAGAACCUCAAGAGACAUACAGAAGGGCAUAAAAGAAAUAAUUGUACUUAUUGUGAGCAAGUUAUUACCAAUAGGAAACUCCUCAUUCAACAUUUAUCUGAUGUUCAUUCAAUUAAAUUAGAGCGUGCAAUAAACAAAUGUUCUAUUUGUGAUAAAAGGUAUGUCAAAAGAAGGUCUUUAUAUUACCAUAGGCAACAGCACCACAAAGAUAAAUUCGUCUGCUUAGAUUGUGGUAUCAUUUGUGAAAGUUCUGAAGAGAUCACUGCCCAUCAAAUAGAACAUGAGAAAAAGAAACAAUUCACAUGUAGCAAAUGUAAUCAGAAAUUUAGUAGGAGACAACAGUAUUUGUUCCAUAUGAAGAAACAUGAUAGCUAUAAAUGUCUGACAUGUAGAGAAACGUUCGCAUCCAAAAUUAAGAUGUUACUUCAUAAAAAGAAAGGACAUAUUGUUGAAGGAUCAAGACCUACAUUUUCUUGUCCAGAUUGUGGGAAGGAUUUUUUUCAGAAGAAUAAGCUCAUGUUUCACCUGAGGAAGCACACAGAAGAUAGGCCCUCAUUGAGUUGUCAUUACUGCGACAAAACUUUCCAGUCCCCUUACGCUUAUUAUAAACAUAGUACGACAGUUUCACAUGAAAAGUGUAGUCCUGAAACCAGUGUUUUUGUAUGCGAAAGCUGCGGUAGCCAAUUUCCAAAAAAAUAUUUGUUGGAACAGCACAAUUUAAGAGUUCAUAACAACAAUAAAGAAUAUGUGACUUGUGAGUUUUGUCCAUACAAAACGAAAAAUAAAGCAAAUAUGAAACGACAUCGGGACACCCAUAUUUCCAAUGGAAAAACAUUCAUAUGUGAUCAGUGCGGCAAGGACUUCCAUAAUAUUGCCAGUCUCAAAGGACACAUAUCCUACAAUCACACUCAAAAUAAACAAUUUAAAUGUGAUCAAUGUGAAAAAACAUUCAAAAGAAAUUCAGAACUUAUCAGACAUCAAGGAACCCAUUCUGACAGUAGGCCUCAUGUGUGUGAACUGUGUGGACAGUCAUAUAAAAGAUUAACUCAUCUAAGACGACAUGAAAAGUCAUCGCAUAAAAUUGAAACACAAGCUAGGACAAAUCAGAAACUUCGUAUUGAUUCAGACGGCACACUUAUACCUAUUGAGCAUAAAAACGAGAAGAAUCAGCAAAUCAAAGAAACCGAGUCAAAUGAUGUGGAAACAACAUCUAUUCCAGUAUUUUCGCUGCUUACAUCAGAACCAUUAGCAUUAGUUAAGAAAAGAGAAAAUUGUACCAGUCAAAUAUUGAUUGCAGAACCAGCUCAGGAUAUAACAUAUUUUGAUAAUAUCUAUACAAGUAAUACAAAUUCUGAAUUGAAUAACUUGAAAGAUGAGAUAAUCUUGGAUAUGUCAAUGAUUGGCAAUACUUCAGGAACUCAUUACUUUUUGAAUACACAGUAUACAAAUGAUCAGUUGAUUCAAGAGUAUAUAGGACAUGAGAAUAUGCAGUUUGUUGAAAGCAAUAUAAGUAAUUGUAACAAUUCAGUGCCUUCUAAUAGAUAUAUUUUCAACAAUAUUCUGAAUUUGACAGAUAGUCAAGAUUCUAACAAAUUGAUUUGAACAUAGGUUCUCGUUUAUUCCCGAAAGGAGAUCGAGCUGUUGUAGAUUAUAAUUGGAUUGGACUCAUUGAUGGUAAAAUUAUCGUUUGUGAUAGGAUGUCCGUCUCGACGUAAGCGUCAG